AUGGGGGGCGGCUGUCACGACCACGACCGGGAUGCUGUUGUUGCUGCUACUGCCCGGGUGGGGGGGAUCCCCACUGGCCUCCCCCGCCGAAGCCCCCUGCUCCUACUCGUCUUGUCCAAACCCCAGGUUUCCGCUUCUUCCUUGGGGGCUGGCCGUUUUCUCGCUCCCAGCCUUUUCCCCUCCGCCCGGGGCGCGGAGUGGGGAGGGGGCGCUCCGGGCCCAGCUGGGGCGGGGGGAGUGGAGCGAGGCUCUGCCCGCCCCGCGGGAGGAGGGCCGGGGCUUUGGUCCGCAGCCGAGGAGCGGCAACGCAAGACCCGGGGAGGCCGUCGGGAGCGGGGUGUCUGCAAAGCAGCGCCCAGUCACCUGUCGUGCCAGCUGCAUGGAAAUCCUGGCACUUAUGUUUUUCAAAAAGCUCAAGAAACCAAGUUGUCCAUUGUUCCUGUGAGACGUGGCUACCGGGGGAACAAGAUUGGCAAGCCUUACAUAGUGCCCUGCAAGGUCACUGGGUGUUGUGGAUCAGUUCUGGUGCGCCUUAUUCCUGCCCCUAGAGGUACUGGCAUUGUCUCAGCUCCUGUGCCUAAGAAACUCCUAAUGAUGGCUGGAAUUGAUGACUGCUACACUUCUGCAAGAGGCUGCACUGCCACUCUGGGCAACUUUGCUAAAGCUACCUUUUAUGCCAUUUCCAAAACAUACAGUUAUCUAAACCCAGACUUGUGGAAGGAGACUGUGUUCACCAAGUCUCCCUAUCAGGAAUUUACUGACCAUCUUGUGAAGACUCAUACUCGCGUGUCUGUCCAGAGGACCCAGGCAGCUGCUGUGGCAACUACAUAAA